AUGAAGCAAUUUGAAUGUCAAAUCUUAAGGAAAACUAGAAAGCUCAUCAGACGAAAGCAUGCAACAAUCCGUGAAUUCCAAAAUUUGUUGCUUGAAGACGAAUAUGUCAGCUUAAUAGCAGAAAUUGAAGAACAAGAAGAGAAUUUACAUGAUGUACUGAUUUUUAGUGAUGGAGAUACUCAUGAAUUCUAUCGUAACUCAGUUUUUGGAGAGAUUCGAGUCUUGGAAGACUUUAAAAAGAGGAUUUUAAAUAAGUAUGAGCGUAAAAUAAUUGAGUAUGGAGAGUUGUCACAAGAGGAAGCUUAUGUUGAGCUUGAGGACUUUAUUGAAACAUCCAAAACAUUAGUCAACGAAUAUAACAAAGAAUUUAACAUAUCAGUCAAUCGAUUACUCCGAAAAUUAACAGUCAUUAAGCACAUCCUGCAAAUUCAGAAUCAAGCUAAACGAGUCAACUUUAGUUUUAUAAAAAUUCAAAGAAAUCUCAGAAAUCUUCAAAAUCUCGUCACAGUAGACAAUGCACAAACAAUUUUAAUCGUAAAUGUUGAAAAGUUGGAAAAUUCAGCUGAAGAGAAAUUUCAAAAUUUAUUGCAACUGAUUGAUAAACUUAAAGAAUCGCCAAUGGAACCUUGUUAUCCUGAAAACAAUAAUACACAAUGCCCAUCAAUUAGUGAAUCUUCAGGCAGCAGUGAGGAUGAUGACAUUUACGAAUUUACUGAUCCAAAAAUCAAUGAGCAUAUUGAAAAUGAGGAACAGCCGAAAAGUUCUAGCUGUUUUUUUGUUGAUCGGUCUUUAGUCGGGACGAGAAUGGAUUCGAUUGAAAGACUGAAGACUGAUGUUAGUGAACUGCAAGGCGAAAUUGAGUCCAUUCAGGAGAAAAAGGCAAGAAUAAACGAAAUAAUCGAGCAGAAGAAAAAUGAAAUUCUUGAAGCUCUUGCAAAAGUCGCGGAAUCAGAAGACAAUCUUCAGGAUAUUGAGGAAUUGCUUGCUGAUAAGCUAUUCGAUUUCCAGCAAAAAAUUAUUAUUUUAGAGUCAAAAUUGAUGAAGAAUUUUAAAGGAGGAAAUGAUACCGAGUUAAAGAAUCUCCUUGAAAAUGAAAUUUUGGAGCUCAAAGAAUCUUUCCAUCCUCAGUUCCAAAAAGGCGAAAAAAGUUUAAGUGACUUGACGAAAUCAGCUCAGUCAUUUGCAGCAUCAAUUGGUGACGUCAUUUCCGAUAUCCACAAAAUAUUUGAUGCUACAAAAAUUAAUGAGAAGCUUACAUCAGAUGUUGAAAAAUUAAAGAAGCUCAUCAGACGACCAGCACAGUUUUGCUUUGAUUCUCAAGGUCGUAGAUUCUAUUUCAACAACGAACGAGUUAAAGUCUUUCAAGAUGAGUUCCAUACAGCACAUUACACAAUCAACAUUGAAGGUGACGAAGUCAUAGUCAAAGAAGCAUUUCCAAUAGAAUCAGAUACAAAUGGAGAAUUCUAUCUUGACAUCAAAAGUCGAAAAAUAUAUAUAAAGUAUUACUUUGAGGAUGAUUAUGGACAUUAUUAUAUCGACGUCUAUGGCGAUCGUCAUUAUAAAACUGAUACAGAAGCAAGUGAGUACAUGUUUGUCAAUGGUGUUUGGGUAAAGACUUCAGAAGGAACUUAUGAAAGAGAUGAAAAAGGGAUCAGAAUCAAUCCUGUUGAAGAUCCAGUUGACGUUUCUGAACAAGAAUCAGAAGCUGAAAUUCAUGAUCUUCAAACUGACAAUUCAGUGCCAAUUCAAAAGCACAAAAUCUCAAAAGAUGAUAUGAAGUACAUCAAGGAAACUGUUGGACCAGCAAUUAUUAAAGCAUGUGCUGCUACUUACAUUCAUAGACCGUCAGAUCCAUUAAGCUAUUUUGCGAAUUUUCUUCUUCAUUAUCGAUACACUGAAAAGAUGUUUGAGGCGCGCGAUCAGGAAUUGAAAUACUUUAUUGAGCUUAGGAAACAGAAUGAGAAUAAAUGCCAGGCUGAGGAUUGA